AACUAGCUGAGAAAAUUUGGUGCCUCUACAUCUUUCACGUUUGUGGUUCUCAAAUUAUUCACAAUGGAUCUGGUGCUUGACAGCUCAGCAUACCAUGCUGGCAUACAAGCUUUCUGCCUUUUGGUUGAUACGCAGUGCGAAGGAAGAGGAGAGCGCCAUGAAAAUCCUGAGUCUUUUCAUGAGUUGCUUCCAUGAACAAUUCUUGGAAUUUGUAAAGAAGGUUUCUCAUCAACUUUAGCUUGAAUCAAUCCAUGUAUGCUUUCUAUUUGUACAGAGAAACCUUGUUUUCUUACAAUUAUCUGGAUUUAAUUGAAAAAAAAAAAAACCCCGUAUUCAU